AACGCGCGCACAUGAAGGGGGAAGGAGUGACAUCAACGGUGACAUCAGGUGGAUGAGAGAAACCUAAAGACAGCAGCAGCUGGAUGAAGAGAGAUCACCAGGGAGCUGGACGUUUCUGGAAGGUGAGCGUCACCUGAGGAACGCCGCACAUUGGCCCUAAGUGUCUCGUUAAAGGACUCUUCAGCGAGGUUGAAGUGUCUGCAGCAGUUUCUACCCAUCUGUAAAGAAAUGCACUUCCUGUCGUUGGACACUAGAGGCAUCAUCUGUGUGUUUACAGAUCUGCAGACACCAGUCACAUACGGUUUUUUUGGGGAGUUUUUCCUGAUCAGCUGUGAGGGUCAUAAGGACAGAGGGAUUGAUUGAACUUUAAAAAAUUAAGGAGGUUACACGGUUCCCUCCAGAUGUGCGCAUGCUCAGUGACUCCGUCGGGCUGAUUCACAUCAGCGACAGGCAGCGUUGGAGAUUCACCGGUCCGACCUCACAUGGAUCCCCAGUGAGCAGAGCGAGCACUCCGGGCAGGGGGUGUACAAGGUGUGAUGGCGCUGUGCUCUGAGCCCUGUGUCUCCGGCUCAGGAGGAGAAUCCUCCGGCAGUGAGGCGGGUUCCAGCUGUCUUCAGUUUGGGGUUCGUUCCUAUCUGCACCACUUCUACGAGGAGUGCUCGUCCUCCAUGUGGGAGAGGGACCCAGAGGACCGGGGGUUCGUCCAGAGCCAGAGGUCAGCCCUGUGGUGGAACUCAGCAGUCUGGAAGGUGUCCUUGGCCCUGGGUCUCCUGAUCCUGACUGCUGGUGUUGCCAGCCUGUCAGUCGGUUACUCCACUCCCCACAAAAUUGAGUCGUUUGGAGAAGGGGACCUGUUCUUCGUGGACAACCAGGCCGUCAGCUUCAACAGGGGGCUGCACGUCAGCACUGCGGCAGGGAUCGGGCUCGCUUGUCUCGGCUCAGCCCUGGCGGCGAUGGGGGUUGUGGUUUGGAUUCUCCCCAGGGCCAACUUGAAAGAGAAGCUGUUCCACAGACCAGGGGAAGGGGGACGGAGAGGAGAGGCAAAGUGGAGGGCAUUUAGGGAUCCUGGGGAUGUGGUGACGAAGCCGCCAGGCAUAGAGGAGGGGAAGAUACCCGUCACACUGUCGAAAGUGGAAAGUGUGCAGCCCACUCCCUAGAAAAGAUCCCUGCUGGGCUAUAUGGUGUACAGGACUUCAGCCAGAGACCUUGAGGCUCUCUUUAACACCUCAUAUUACAGGACAGGGAUUUAGUUGUUGACCAUAGACUGUGUUCGUGCAGUGCACUCGUGUUAUAUUUGAAAAUACAGUGAGUAAUGUCCACCUCAGCACUCAGAGAGCAGAACCUUUAUGACUGAUGAUAUCUCUCACUUUAUUUUGAUUUAUUUUUGCUCAAUAUAUUUUUAUUAAUUAUUUUUUUAAAUAGUAGUGGCACCAGCUUUCCCAGUAGAUAGAUCAGGUGGUGAUGUUGCAUGAGUAAUAUAGAAAACCUAUGUUUGCAUUCACAUAAUCUAUAUCCACACAUGGAUCACAGGACGUUCAGAAAGGUUGCUCACAGAUGUAUAAAAAGACUCAUUAACAUUUCUGUAUCUACGUUUUCACAUAUCUCCACUAAUGCUCAGCUGGAUUCAACACAUGUACAGCCACAGCGCUCGCCUGCUCACCCACACGCCUACACACAAAUUCAUGCUCCAUUGACAAUAUCACCUAUUUUCUCCUCACUGUAUUCCAGCUCUGUAAUUGCCUGCAAAGUGUUUCCAGGCAACAGUUGGGCUUCAAGUGCUUCAUUCUCAACUCCGAACAAAGACUCGUCUCCGAUUGGCCCAGCACUUCCCCGCUCUUUAUUUUCACACCAAUCAGAUGAUUUGUUUACUUGUGAACACAGUUAGUGGUGAAGCGCUGAGGUGAGAGGAAUGUGCACAGGCACCUUAGAGGCCACCUGUUUGAUUAGGUCCUCCAGUUUAUUUAAAUGAGUCUGAAUAACAGAGAGAACAAGUCAGAAAAAAAGAAUAAUCAUGAUGUCCUGGUUGGUUACCUGCACUGAUUCCUCUGGAUGUUAUUUUUGAUGUUUAUUUGUUUUAUUGUUGCUAUGAUGGAGAUAAUGGAAUAAAAUGUGGAUGAAGUGUCACUAGUGCAAACGGCCCAAAUAAACUUGUGAUCUGCAUAACUAAAGCAUUUGGUGCCACUUUAUCAAUCUGUUUGGCAAGAAUAUAAACUUAUCUUAAACCAGCAGUUCGUGAUAUUUUGAUAUUUAUGCUCAAAUGGGAAAGGCUGAAAGGGUGUCUUGUG